GUUAUUCCACGGAGUGUCGCUUUAAGAAAUGAAACAAGACACAGCACACAGGUGGAUUUCUUGCGAAAACACACGUUUCGUCCUCCUUGGCUUUGUGUGAGUCUCCACUGGAGUCUGGAAGAUUCUGGGAUUCUAACGAGAUUUUCCAGAGUCGGGUGUUGAUCCGAUCAGGAGGAAAGGCUGCGCCGGCUUCCCAAAGCGAGGAUCCCUUUGUUGUCUCCCACACCUCCACUUUGAAAGAGCACCAGAGCUUGGCGAGACCUGAAAGGCGUCAUGUGACUCUCAGUUGUGGCAAGAUAACCACGCAACGAGAGAGAGAGAGAGAGAGAGAGAGAGAGAGAGAGAGCUGAGGAGGAGCCUGCUGCUAUAAGAUGCACUCCGCGCACCAUCAGCACCAAAACUUCCAGUUCGCACCAUCCAUCCUCAUCUCUGGCGCGCGCACACACCGCAUCCUGGCUGCUUCUGUUUGAUUCCUCCUCCUCCUCCUCCUCCUCUUCCUCCUACCCUCCUCCCCCUCCCCCCGGCUUUGGAGGGUUGCACAGGUGCAUCCCCGGGUUACCGCUCGCUCCCGGCUGACUUGAUUAUGGUCACAGCCCCCGCGGUGCCAAGGUGGAGCCGCAGCGCGUAUCUCGGAUCGGUGCGCUUCUCCAGGGGCUGGGAUGCGCACCGGGCACCUCCCGCUUCUUGCCGAGUUUUGGGUCUGAGGAGGAGUCCAGCGGCGGCCCGGGGCGCAGAGGCAGGAGGAGCCAGUCGACCCGGAGCAGGAUGCCGGUGAUGAGAGGGCUGCUGGCCCCGCAGAACACCUUCCUGGACACCAUAGCCACCCGCUUCGAUGGCACCCACAGUAACUUUGUCCUGGGGAACGCCCAGGUCCAGUCCCUGUACCCCAUCGUCUACUGCUCCGACGGCUUCUGCGAGCUCACCGGUUACGCCCGCGCCGAGCUCAUGCAGAAGAGCUGCGCCUGUCACUUCCUGUAUGGCCUGGAAACCAGCGACCGCUCCACGGCCCAGAUCCAAGGAGCGCUGGACGACAGGAGGGAGUUCAAAACGGAGCUGGUGUUCUACAAGAAGGAAGGUACAAAGUUCUGGUGUCUGCUGGACAUCGUGCCCAUUAAGAACGAGAAAGGAGAGGUGGUUCUGUUCCUCGUGUCCCACAAAGACAUAACCGACAAGAAGAUGGAGCAGGAUCCAGAGCAGGGGCCUGAAACCGAUGAGGAGACGGGUCUGCAGGUGCAUCAGGUAACUCGCCCGCCAGGCUUCAACGCCAACCGGCGCCGCAGCAGGGCCGUGCUCUAUCAGCUGUCAGGGCACCUGCAGAAACAAGACAAGAGCAAGCUCAAGAUCAACAAUAACAUGUUUGGGCAGAAACCUCCGAUCCCAGAGUACAAAGUAGCAGCCAUCCAGAAGUCCCGCUUCAUCCUGCUCCACUAUGGCACCUUCAAGGCCGGCUGGGACUGGCUGAUUCUGCUGGCGACCUUCUACGUGGCCGUCACCGUUCCCUACAACGUCUGCUUCAGUGGAGGGCGGGACGAAGGCGGCGCCUCGAGAAAUCCACCCAGUGUCAGCGACAUCCUGGUGGAGAUCCUUUUCAUUUUAGACAUCGUGUUGAACUUUCGUACGACCUUUGUGAGCACGUCGGGUCAGGUGGUCUACGACGCCCGCUCCAUCUGUGUCCACUACGUCACCACCUGGCUCUUUGUUGACCUUGUCGCUGCCCUGCCCUUUGACCUGCUUUAUGCUUUCAAUGUCACUGUGAACUUCAGGGUCCACCUGCUGAAGACUGUCCGGCUGCUGCGGCUGCUGCGGCUCCUGCAGAAGCUGGAGCGCUACUCUCAGUACAGCGCCGUGGUUCUGACUCUGCUCAUGUCCAUGUUUGCCUUGCUGGCCCACUGGAUGGCCUGUGUCUGGUACUACAUCGGUCGCAAGGAGAUCGAAAGCUUGGGCUCCUCGGACAUCGGUUGGCUCUAUGAAUUGGCAAAGCGCCUGGGGACCCCGUACUUCAUGUCCCCUCUGACCACACAGACCCCACCCGCAGUGAGCAGCCUCUCAGCCAACAGCACCCAGUGGAACGUGUCGGGGUCACAGGUCACGGGGCAGGGCACCUGGAACUCGAGCCAAGAAUAUGGGAACAUUUCAGGAUCGGGGGGUCUGAAGAUGCUGGGCGGGGGCCCGUCGACCCGGAGCAGCUACGUGACGGCCCUAUACUUCGCUCUGAGCAGCCUGACCAGCGUAGGCUUCGGGAACGUGUCCGCCAACACGGACUCAGAGAAGAUCUUCUCCAUCUGCACCAUGCUUAUAGGAGCUUUGAUGCACGCUGUGGUGUUUGGUAACGUGACCGCCAUCAUCCAGAGAAUGUACUCCCGCCGCUCACUGUACCACACCCGCACCAAGGACCUGAAGGACUUCAUCAGGGUGCACCGGCUGCCCAAAGCCUUGGAACAGCGCAUGCUGGAGUGUUUCCAGACCACCUGGUCGGUUAACAACGGGAUAGACGUCAAUGAGCUGCUGAAGGACUUCCCGGACGAGCUGCGGGCCGACAUCGCCAUGCACCUGAACAAGGAGCUGCUGCAGCUGCCACUGUUCGAGUCGGCCAGCAGGGGAUGUCUGCGCUCCCUCUCCCUCAUCAUCAAGACCUCCUUCUGCGCCCCGGGGGAGUUCCUCAUCCGGCAGGGCGACGCCCUGCAGGCCAUCUACUUCGUCUGCUCAGGGUCCAUGGAGGUGCUGAAGGACAACACUGUGCUGGCUAUACUGGGCAAAGGAGAUCUGAUUGGUUCGGAUUCCCUGACGAAGGAGCAGGUGAUCAAGACGAACGCCAACGUCAAAGCGCUGACCUACUGCGACCUGCAGUACAUCAGCCUGAAGGGCCUGCGCGAGGUGCUCCGCCUCUACCCGGAGUACGCGCAGAAGUUCAUCAGCGAGAUCCAGCAUGACCUGACCUACAACCUGCGGGAGGGCCACGGCGCAGACGACUGGGAGAGCAACGGCGGCCUGGUGAAGAAGCUGCCGUCCAUCCGUGAGGAUGAGGAGGGCGACGAGGAGCAGAGCUCCGUGUCCCGGGCUCCCCGCUCGCCGCUGCAUCUCAGCAGGGGCCUCAGCUCCCCGCUGCGCUCCCCCCUCCUGGCUCCGCGGCCCUUCAGGGCCCCAACCGAGCACUCACGGCCCUCCACCCUGCAGAUACCAGUGGUUAGCUUCAGCAGCGCUCCACCCGAGCUCAGCCCCAGAUUCGUGGACGGCAUCGAAACGGAGAACAUUUCCACCUCCUCACAGAAGUUUGAGUUCAGUCCAAGUCUGUCACCUGCAGCUCCACCUUCCCCGUACGCAGGGAUGCGGGAGCACUCUGAGAUCAAGCAGAGCGUGGCGAAGCUUACAGAGGAGAUGAACUCUCUCUCCAAACAAGUGUCCAGCCUCAGCCAGGAGCUGCGAGAAAUGGCUUGCCUGCUGAAGCCCCUCCUCCAGGCGGCCCCGCAGCCAAUCCUGAUGAGCGCAGUGCCAAACCUGGCCCCGCCUCAGGGCAGUGCCAGCCAGCUGCUGUCCAGCCCCUGGUGCCCGGCAGCGCCCGCAGCAGCGCCGCGUUCCCCCCCGAGAGAGGACGCCGGCUCCCUGUUGGACAGCGGAGACCCGGAGGGCGAGGGUUUGCCGCGAUGCCUUCUCCCGACUCAUCACUCACCAAAAAGGCCUGAUUCCUCGCCAUCAGCAUCAGCACAGCCCCCACCCAGCCCCGUGGCAACUGGCUCAAGCUUCCUCUCAUCGAAGGAAGAAGCUCCGAAGGGGUCCCCGAUGUCCCGAAGCCCCCAGGUGUCCCCCAGUAACGGGAUCCUCCUGCCGUCCCUGGAGGACCAGCCUGCUCUGCGCUCCAACACCCCUUCGCCGUCGCUGUCCUUCUCCGUCUCCCUCUCCUCCUCACCGUCUCUUUCUCCUUGCCCGUCACGGCCCACCAGCUGUGGUAGCAGAGGCCUGCUCCCCCCGCCUCCCUCUCAGGAUACGCCCCCUCCCCUGUCGUCCCACCGCUCGGCUCCCUCGUCCGUCUCCUCGUCUCCCGGGGGUCACCGACUGAGGCCUUCCCUGUCCAUCCCCAUCGCGUCCACCGCAGCGCCCGUCCAUCCUUCCACCCUGUCCCUGCCUGUGUCUCUGGACUUUGGGAGCUCAGCAAAGCGAGACGCUCACACUUCGGCGAGGUGCAAUCUGCUGACACGCAACGAGGAGGCCAGAGCCGCUGCCAGUCCGCAGGAGGUGGAGAUGCAGGAGUGGGGGCAGCGGGGAGAAGAGAGCAAAACCUCCACAGAGGAUUUCAGCUACAUCGACGAGGACGAUCUUGGGCUAUAGGUGGGUUUUUGCUGCGUGAUGCAACCGUGAACAAUGCGAUCAGUGCAGCAGCAAGCUGGUCUGUCUCAGGCAGAAAGCCUGGGAUGCUUUGGGAGGAUUCCUGUCCACGCUAACAGUCUUCUGUUAGCAUAUCACACACCCACCGAUUAUUAGCAACACAAUCCUGCAGAACUGUGGCAUGAGUCGAUGCCUUCAGCUCCUGACACACAGAACCAGACAGCAUUUUUCUGUCUCUCUCGUACCCGCUCCCAUCUGAUAUCGGUUUUGUUUUUUCAAUACCAAGAUGUCUCCUCCAGAGGCAGGGACAAACACACACACCCCCCAACUGGUAGGUCCGAGUCAGCACAGCAGGGCCUGGAAUGUAAAGUCGCUCAUUCUCACUCCAGAUUUUAUUUUCUAAAGGAAGGCAAUCAUCUGCCCCCGUGCACAAAAACACACACACGCACACACACACACACACCACUCAUUCCCCUACAGCAGCAGGGCCUGGUUCUCUCAUAGUGUAAUUAAAGUACUCUGAACCUUCGGGAUCAAUGCCAAAGAGGAAAACAAAACUGCAGUUUAGAUCCUAAAACUCUCCAAAAGGUGCUUCUCAACAAGCUAGACUCAGAAACUUUAAGUUAGUUAUUUCAGUUAUCAAGCAAAAUUCAUAAAUAUAUAUAAACUGUAUGAUAAAUAUUUUUGUGUUUUUUUAAUGACUAUGGCUUACAGCAAAAGACAAUUCCCAAUCAAACCGACUAGGGCUGAAAUGAUUCCUCGAGUGAUUCCAGUACCUCGAUUAUUAAAAUUCCUCGAGGAAAAUGUUUCUGCCUCGAAGCUUCGUUAAAUUAUAUUUUAUUAUUUAGCGCUCCGUGUUCCGGCCGGAUUAUUACUUGCGUUUCGUGGAGCUCUCACUUCCGCCUGAGUUGUUGACGAAAGCUAACUGUUAGCAGGAUAACGUCCAGUUUUCAAGUUCGGUCUGGGAGGAUUUUAUUGAUUAAUGAUAAUGUCCCGGUCUUUGUCGUUUUUUCCGGGGACCAAUAAACAUCCUUAAAAUGACUGGCGCGAUGCCUGCAGUACGGCAGCCUUUCUCCUCCUGGAGCUGCUGCCUGGUGGCGGUUCAGAGCGAACAGCGGGGAAGAGCUGCAGAUGUAUUUAUACAGGUGAGCCGAUAGACUGAACACUACGGGCGUCUGUGCAUUAGAUAAUUAAUGUAAGUAUAGCUUUACGGACGAACCGGAAAAUUUAUUUCAUAUAUCCAGGUCUCAACAAAUGUGUGGUGGAGCUCAGCGUGGCGGCAAGUAGCUGGUAGAUGUUUCUGUGUGUGAUGGUCGCUAACAUGAACCAAAAGCUAUAAAUGUCUGGUAAAAGUGAGAGUUCAUCUAUUAAAUUGACUGAAGUUGAAUACAUAAACGAAAAGCUGGAGUAUAGACAUUUUUCAUAAGCGUAUUUGUGAGCUUGCCUCUUUAUUAUUGAAUUGAAUAUAUUCGUUUACAACAACCCUGAAAACUACAUAGAAAAUGGUUUUAAUGCAGAGAUGUCAUCCAGCUCUAUACUUUCGUAUCUAAUACUGCACCAAUGCAUUGUGGGAUGGAGGUAGAGCUGAGCAGCAGACAAAUAAUAUAAAUAUAUCAUGAUAGACACGUGAUCAAUAUCAAUAGAUAACACAUCUGAUAGAAUGUUUGAUAAUUAAACCGAACUCAUUUCCAGAACCAGACAGCAUUUUGGGAGAUGUAGGCAGAUGAAAGGCUUUAGCUACUCAACCUCUCAUGGCUCAAUAUGCUAGUAUGGUGGCAUCAGCUAGCUUGCCUAUUGGUUACCUAGCAACAACGUCUUCAGCAGCUUGCACAGCAGCAGUUUCAGGUUUCUCUCUGCUUAAACCUGCUUAAAAAAAACAAAAACGAUGGUGUGGAGUGAAAGGAGAAAAUGACUACAACAGGUGCAGUAUGUAACUUAUAAAAAAUAUAUGUAUAUAUAUUUAUAUUUGUUAAAACUGUCACCAUAUCACGGCAUUAUGUUAUGAGAAAGAUCAUCUGUGAAAAGGUAGAUCUCCUCUCUGAGCUAUUAUUGCCUUCUGAAGAAACAACCAAUCAAAGCCAGGAGGCGGGUCUUAGAGCUGUCAAUCAAUCUCAUGUACUCACUGCUCAAUGUGCUAAUGGCAGCGAAACAACUUACCAUUACAACUAAUAGAAAGCAACUGGGAGAAGCGCCUCAUGGUGGGGUGAUUUAACAGUGCUAAGACCCGCCUCCUGGCCCUGAUUGGUUGGUUCUAGUUAGUACUGAGAGGAGUUAAAUUUUUCUUCACAGAUUAUCUGUCUCAUAACCGCAGGUGAUGGAUGGAAAUGAUUUGGGUUGCAACUGUCCAAACAUGGUGACAUAUUUUCACAUAUUUGUUUAAACUAUUUCUUCUAAACAUUCCAUACUGCAGCUUUAAAACAGGAAUUGUCACCACACUCACAAAAAUCCCUUUUCUUUAUUGCUCUAUACUUCAUUUUAGGGGGGUUUUAAGCUGUAGGCCACAAUUAUCAAAAUGAACUCAAAACGUCACCACGAAUAGUUUCUGUUCUCUAAAUAAAUUGCUGAAAUGAACCAAACCAUUUAACGGCAUUUUUACGUAUUGAACUGCAUCUGUAGUUUUCAAGCCAAGCAUAUUCAGAUUGUACGUCUCACAUUUCCCACUGAGCUUUAGCCAUCCAGCCAUUCGUGCCUUCUCCAUGUGAAGACCCCUCCCACCUCUCACCUGCCCACAGGUCCCUUCAGUCAGUCCAACUUUACCCAGAAGAAGCCAUCAAUGCCACCUGCUGAGAACACGCUGACCUUCCUCUGAAACGUUUCCGCUCCACUUCGGCUCUGGGCAGAGGAAACGCGGUGGGUUGGUAUUGCACGUCAUGUGGAACCCUUCACAGUUCUUAUGUAGCACACAGACAUCGCCUCCGACCACCGGGGGUUACGAGACUUCAGCCAGAGCUGCUACGCUACAGAAGCCUCAGGACCUCGGUCUGUUUUGUUCGCUGUAACGUAGACCCUGAGCUUUCUGGUCCCCACUUUGUUACAGAAACAGCAGAGGACGCUUUCUUGGACUUUCUACACACUGGAAAACAAAACUCCUAUGAAUUUGUGGAGUUCUGAUCCUGGGCGCCAUGUGGGUGGGUGGGUGAGGUGGGGGGGUUGGUUGCAGUGAGAUGUAAUGCGGAGUGAUACUCUACUGGGAUUUAAAUCAAAUGCAUGUUUUUUAUUAUUAUUUUUGCAUGAGAAACGUGCCUGCUUUUGAGCUGUUCAGGCCGGAGGGAAAACUGCCCCCCCUGGUGGAGGCUGCUGGGUUUCCGAUGUAUUUUAUUACAGACUGCUGUUACAUACAAAUUUAAACUGGGAUUACAUACAUUACAACAAUAAAGAAGUGUUGUUUUGUAAGA